AUGGGUUGCGCAGACCCACGCAUCAUCCGAGCUGUCUGGGCAACGAUCGACUUCAUUUACUAUGCCUCGCUCCAGUCGCACACGACUCAGACAUUGGCAGCCCUGCAAGAAGCUCUUGAUGGCUUCCAUGCUCACAAGGACAUUUUCAUAGAGCUUGGAGCUCGGAACCAGGACCAUUUUAACAUACCGAAGAUCCAUGCGAUGAAACACUAUGUCGCAAUGAUCAAACUGUUUGGGAGUGCGGACGAGUUCAACACUGAAUCUCCGGAGUGCCUUCACAUCGACUAUGCGAAGGAUGCAUACCGGGCCAGCAACCGCAAAGACUAUCUAUAUCAGAUGGUCAUCUGGCUUCGACAGCAGGAAGCAGUCGACCGUUUCGCACUCUAUCUGAAUUGGUGCAAGAACGGUGGAUAUCACGGUCAGGUUGCUCCCGUGGUGUCCUUGGCCCCAGAAGAUGGCAAAGAUCCCGAAGCCAUUGAAGCCACCCAAAUGUCACGCGAUGUGAGCACUUCAUUACAGGUUCAGUACAAGAUUGCCAAGCACCACCCUCAUGCUCUCCGAGGUGUUAUAGCGAGCGAUAUCAUCUUGUACCACCAUGCAUCCCAUUUUGUAGACUGCUUGGGUAUCUACCUCCGUGACCACGGCAGUUCUUUCAAGCCCCAUCUCUUCGACUCUUUCAACCUCUAUGCUCGCCUAUCUGUCACUCUACCACAAAUCCCUGCAGCAAAUCCUAGUCACUGCAAAAAUGUAGUCCGUGCAUCUCCACCAGUUCCUGCUCAAGGUCGACGCACUGCACAGCAUGCGCGUCUUGACUUCGCUCUUGUUCGCACUGGGGAGUUCAAUCCAGUGACGGCCGGAACUCCAUUAGAAGGUCUCCGCGUGGCACACAUCCGUGUGCUCUUUGCACUGCCUGAACAUUAUCCUGUGCUUGCACAGCAUCCACUUGCAUACAUCGAGUGGUUCACACCGCUCCGCCGUAUGGAUCCUGAUUCUGAGUUGUUUGUUGUCAGCCCGUCAACUCGCAUGCAUCAGCCGUAUGGGGAGAUCAUCUCCAUCGACCGCAUUGUUCGAAAUUGUCAUCUCGUACCAAAUUUCGGUCGCGAGAUGGAUUCUCGUUGGACAACUCAGAAUGUCACGGAGCUGUGUACGUCAUUUUACCUCAAUCCUUACAUAGAUACACAUAUGUUUUGUAUGCUUCGCGCAAAGCAGUAUGGUUGUUUACCAUGA